AACUUCCGCCCACCUAUAGCAUCGGGCUUAUCACAUAGCUUCGUCCUUCUCACAAAGUGUAUUGCUUGGUUUUUCUUCUCUCCAAAGAGAUGAUGGUACCUUCCGGCAAGAUUCAAACAGUUCUGGGUGUGGUCAUGCCAGAGGACGUUGGUAUAACGUAUCCUCAUGAACACCUCUCUAUGGACUUCUCCUUCACUCUCCAGUCCACCGCAGAUCCCAGAAUCACGGAGAAACAAGACGCGGGGUUUGAUCUGAAGAACUUAGGCUGGAUUCGACAGUAUCCGUACAGCCACAAGCCUAACCUCCGAUACAACGAUGGGAAAAGGGCAAUUGUCGGAGAGCUUAAGCAGUUCAAGAAGUAUGGUGGUUCGGGAGUUGUUGAGAACAGCACGGUGGGUUUACAGCGGGACAUUCAGUUUGUUCGGCAGGCAUCCCAACAAUCCGGGGUCCAUGUCAUAGCGGGCACAGGAUUUUAUGUGGAUGAAUCUCUUAGUCCGGCCGUUCAUCAGAUGUCCACCGAAAAAAUGGCGGAAACUAUGAUUCGAGAUAUAACUGAGGGCACGGAUAACACCGACAUCAAAUGCGGAGUAAUCGGAGAGUUAGGCUGUUCGUGGCCAUUAACAGCUACAGAGCGACGAGUUCUGGAAGCUGGUGCGCAUGUCCAGACCGCUUUGGGAUGUCCGGUGAUCAUACAUCCUGGACGUGGCGAAGGUGCUCCCAUGGAGAUAGUCCGGAUUCUCCAAGAAGCUGGUGGGAAGGUGGACAAGACUGUGAUGUCACACCUAGAUAGAACAAUCUUUAGCCAAGAAAAACUGCGAGAAUUGGCUGAUACGGGCAUAUACUGUGAGCUGGAUCUGUUCGGCAUUGAGGUGUCGUAUUACCAGUUCAAUAAGGAAGUGAAUAUGCCUAGUGACAGCACCAGAAUCAACAACAUCAAAUAUCUAAUAGACGAGGGUUUCCGGGAGCAAGUCGUCAUAGCGCAUGACUGUCAUACUCUCCACAGACUGGAGCAAUAUGGCGGUCACGGGUUGUGCCACAUUUUACUGAAUGUCGUGCCUAUGAUGAAGCUCCGUGGGAUUUCACAGUCCGCCAUUGAUAACAUUCUUAUUGAUAAUCCGAGAAGAUGGCUUACGUUUUUAUAAACCAAUGAAUGACUCGAUUUAUUACAUUGAUUUGUGAUGAUAUAUGUUACUGUAUAUUUAUGCACAUGAAAACAAAAUUUUAGUUUGGAGUUUGGAUACUCCCCCCCAACCCCCUCUCCAAUCCUGUUUGUAUAACAAAGCAUUAUGUACACUGAACAUCUUUUAAUAACGGAGUAUUUUAUCUGCUUGUAAUUUAACUUACAUUGCGUAUGCAUGAUUGGCGAGUGACCACGUCUAUCCCUCUGACAAACCAUUAAUAGACCAUUUGACAAACAUCUGAGCAUAUGACGGAAGCAAUCAUACAGACUUCAGUAUAUCUACAUGGAAGUGACAUUCUCGUGCUGUUUGGGUCAUUAUAGUAAAGGAUGAAAUCAGUUUAUUUAUUUAUUUGAUUGGUUUUCUAAACUAUUGUAAAUUUAAUGUAACUGUUAAAUGUUGUAAUUUA